ACGAGGCGCGGGGGACACCCGGCUCGCUGUCGGAGGGCUCCCGGGCCCCGCGUUCCGCGCGCCCAUGGAUUGGUGGGGACGGGUGGACCCCGGGCAGUCUGCUGUCACCUGCCGAGCUGCGGGAGCAAGCUAUCUAGGGGAAGGUUGAAGUGUCCGCUGCCCGCGCGUUUCUUCGCCGCGGCUUCUGUGUGAGAAAACUGCUGUGGGUGUUCUUGGGCCCUUGCAUCACCGACGCAAAAGGCCAGUGCUGGUUCUUCAGAACGAAGCCCUUUAUCCGCAGCGGCGCCCCUACACCAGCGACGAUGAAGCCUGGAAGUCCUUCCUGGAGAACCCUCUCACUGCAGCCACCAAAGCGAUGAUGAGCAUCAACGGCGAUGAAGACAGCGCAGCCGCGCUGGGCCUGCUCUAUGACUACUACAAGGUUCCCAGAGAGCGCCGGUCAUCAGCCACAAAGCCAGAGGGGGAGCACUCAGAACCAGAGCAUAGCAAAAGGGCCAGCGUACCAAAUGUGACAGAGCAGCCCCUCAUUUCUGCUGGAGAAAACAGAGUACAAGUGUUGAAAAAUGUGCCCUUCAACAUUGUCCUCCCCCAUGGCAACCAACUGGGCAUUGAUAAGAGAGGCCACCUGACGGCUCCCGAUACAACGGUCACUGUCUCCAUAGCAACCAUGCCUACCCACUCCAUCAAGACAGAAAUCCAGCCCCAUGGCUUUGCUGUGGGAAUUCCCCCGACAGUGUACCAUUCUGAGCCCUCUGAACGUGUGGUGGUAUUCGACCGGAGCCUCAGCACUGACCAGUUCAGCUCUGGCGCUCAGCCUCCCAAUGCUCAGCGGAGGACCCCAGACUCCACCUUCUCCGAGACCUUCAAGGAGGGCGUUCAGGAGGUUUUCUUCCCCUCGGACCUCAGUCUUCGGAUGCCGGGCAUGAAUUCAGAGGACUAUGUGUUUGACAGUGUUUCUGGGAAUAACUUUGAGUAUACCCUAGAAGCCUCAAAGUCACUUCGGCAGAAGCAAGGGGACAGCACUAUGACGUACCUGAACAAAGGCCAGUUCUACCCUGUCACCUUAAAGGAAGUGAGCAGCAAUGACGGGAUCCACCACCCUAUCAGCAAAGUUCGAAGUGUGAUCAUGGUGGUUUUUGCUGAAGACAAAAGUAGGGAAGACCAGCUAAGACACUGGAAGUACUGGCACUCCCGACAGCACACGGCUAAGCAGAGGUGUAUUGACAUUGCCGACUACAAAGAAAGCUUCAAUACCAUCAGCAACAUCGAAGAGAUCGCAUACAACGCCAUCUCCUUCACCUGGGACAUGAACGACGAAGCAAAGGUCUUCAUCUCGGUGAACUGCUUAAGCACAGAUUUCUCUUCUCAGAAGGGCGUGAAAGGCUUGCCACUCAACAUCCAAAUUGAUACCUACAGCUACAACAACCGCAGCAACAAGCCGGUGCACCGGGCCUACUGCCAGAUCAAGGUCUUCUGCGACAAGGGAGCUGAGCGGAAAAUCAGGGACGAAGAACGAAAACAAAGCAAGAGAAAAGUGUCUGAUGUUAAAGUGCAACUGCUCCCCUCACACAAACGGACGGACAUCACAGUGUUCAAGCCCUUCCUGGAUCUCGACACUCAGCCUGUCCUUUUCAUUCCUGACGUGCAUUUUACCAACCUGCAACGGGGCAGUCAUGUGCUUUCCCUCCCCUCCGAAGAACUGGAAGGCGAAGGGUCUGUCUUGAAAAGGGGGCCGUUCGGAACCGAAGAUGACUUUGUAGUUCCUCCACCUGCUAAGCUGACCCGGACAGAAGAGCCCAAGAGAGUGCUGCUCUACAUCCGGAAGGAGUCAGAAGAAGUCUUCGAUGCCCUGAUGCUCAAGACGCCAUCUUUGAAGGGCCUGAUGGAGGCAAUCUCAGACAAGUAUGAUGUCCCCCAUGACAAGAUUGGGAAAAUAUUUAAGAAGUGCAAAAAAGGGAUCCUGGUGAACAUGGAUGACAACAUUGUAAAACACUACUCCAAUGAAGACACCUUCCAGCUGCAGAUCGAAGAAGCCGGAGGGUCGUACAAGCUCACCCUGACAGAGAUCUAAGGUGGUGGGGCACUGCAGCCCCAGGUGUGGGAGUUCAGUGAAAGUGUUCUGUAGAUCUUAUACUUUGGCCAGCUGAG